GCGACAGGGAAGGGACGAGAAGGGGCGUAAUUUGCAGUGGCUGUUCGGCUCCCUGGUUGCAGCAUGUCGGAGCAAGGCGAGGCGAGCGGUCUGACCGAUGAGGAAGCCUAUAGCGCCUGUGCCGACCCCGAUCCCAGCACGAAGGAUUUUCUUAUGCAGCAGACAAUGCUAAGAGUAAAAGAUCCUAAAAAAUCACUGGAUUUUUAUACUAGAAUUCUUGGGAUGACUUUACUUCAAAAAUAUGACUUUCCUUCUAUGAAGUUCUCCCUCUACUUUUUGGCGUAUGAAGAUAAAAAUGAUAUUCCAAAAGAUAAUAAUGAGAGGAUAGCAUGGACCUUUUCUAGGAAGGCCACAGUAGAACUGACACACAACUGGGGCACUGAAAAUGAUGAGAAUCAGGCAUAUCACAAUGGCAAUUCAGACCCCAGAGGAUUUGGUCACAUUGGAAUUGCUGUUCCUGAUGUAAAUAAAGCUUGUAAAAGAUUUGAAGAACUGGGGGUAAAAUUUGUGAAAAAGCCAGAUGAUGGUAAAAUGAAAGGCCUGGCUUUUAUUCAGGAUCCUGAUGGCUACUGGAUUGAAAUCCUGAACCCUAAUCAUAUGGUGACUUUAAUCUAGAUUAGAAAUAACAACAAUGCACUGUUAGUUACAAGAAGUUGUGGGAGCGCCAUCACUUGAGACCUUUAAGAAGAACUAUUAUAGCUUCUUUAAGGGAAAACAAUUGAUGUAAUCAGGAAAAAAAAAAAGUAGCUGAUCCUGUAUUCUGUUUCUUCUCUCCCUACUUACUUCAUGAAUUUGGUUGUGAACUUGAAUACUUUUAGCGUAACACAGCAGAAGAAUCAUUCAGAUUGGUGGUUAGGGAGUGAGUAGCAGUAUACUGAUGGUCUAAAAUUCCUUUCUUUUCCUUUUAUGUGCAAGAAGAGAUGGAAGGCCAAUUUUGGCUCUUGCAUGCAAUUUCCCAUUUAAUCUGAAUACAGAAUAUUGUAAUAUUUUUUUGGGGGGGGGCAUAUAAACCUGUGGUUUAUUGUGAGUCAUUCUCAAAACCAAUGUUGAUAAGAUCUUUAUCAAGGUUUGAAUUUCCAAAUCUACCAUAGAAAAAAGCAGAGCUUUCAGCUUUUUUUUUUUAGAAAUUUACUUGUUUCUACUAAACAAAAGAACAAACCUUCAUAACUGUGUUUUUUUUUAAAUGGUGAACCACAAUUAGUACAAAUCAUGUUUAAGGGAAAUUGAGCCAAGUUUUUAAAAAAUAAUAUUAUUUAGCUGUAGUGCCUGAAUGCAGUCAAAUGUUCU